UAUUUGCAUUUCUUUGAAUCAACAAAAAAGGGAAAACCUGGAAAUAGCAGACUUCAAAACCCCUAGCCCGAUGAAUUGAAAAGCCUAGACAUAGUAAUCCCGAAUCAAACACAACAAUUCUAGGGUUUUAAUCUGGUUUCUUCUUCAUUCAUGUCUCUCCCGGCGCUGGACUGUAAAUACGUCACCGAAGAUUGUAUUCGUGAGUGGAAGAAUGGAAGCACUAGCUUUAAACCACCUGCUCCGGCACCGGUUAUUAGAUAUCUUUAUGAACUUUGUUGGAAUAUCGUUAGAGGAGAGCUACCGGUUCACAGGUGUAAACCAGCACUGGAGUUGGUUGAGUUUUCUGACCGAAUUUCUGACGAAGAAGUGUCAUCAAAUUUAGCUGAUAUUGUCUCGCAAAUGGCUCAAGACCUGACAAUGCCCGGGGAAUCUCGUGCUCGUCUGGUUAAAUUGGCAAAGUGGAUGGUGGAACAUUCUGUGGUCCCUUUGAGGCUGUUCCAUGAACGGUGUGAGGAAGAAUUUCUAUGGGAUUCAGAGAUGAUUAAGAUAAAGGCCACUGAUUUGAAGUCAAAAGAGGUCAGGGUUAACACUCGUCUUCUUUAUCAACAAACCAAAUUCAACCUUCUUCGAGAAGAAAGCGAAGGCUAUGCCAAGCUGGUUACCCUUCUUUGUCAAGGUUCUGAAGUUUGUUCUGAAAAUACAUCAGCAGCAACGGUUGGCAUAAUCAAGUCGUUAAUCGGGCACUUCAAUUUGGAUCCAAACCGAGUGUUUGACAUUGUAUUGGAGUGUUUCGAACUUCAGCCGGAUAACAAUGUCUUCUUGAACCUGAUCCCUAUUUUCCCCAAGUCUAAUGCUUCACAAAUUCUUGGGUUCAAGUUCCAAUAUUAUCAGCGUUUGGAAGUAAAUAGUACCGUACCCUUUGGGCUCUAUCAGCUUACUGCAAUACUGGUUAAAAAAGAAUUUCUUGAUCUUGAUAGCAUAUAUGCACACCUACUUCCCAAUGACGAUGAAGCAUUUGAGCAUUAUAAUGUUUUUUCAGCAAAGCGACUUGAUGAGGCCAAUAAAAUUGGCAAAAUCAACCUCGCUGCUACAGGAAAGGAUCUCAUGGAUGAUGAAAAACAAGGAGACGUAACUGUAGAUCUUUUUGCUGCUCUAGAUAUGGAAAGUGAGGCUGUUACAGAACGCUCUUCAGAGCUUGAAAAAAGUCAAACUUUGGGCUUGCUUAUUGGUUUCCUUUUUGUGGAUGACUGGUAUCAUGCCAAUAUCCUAUUCCGUCGUCUCUUGCCUCUCAAUCCGGUUGAACAUAUUCGGAUUUGUGAUGGACUGUUUAGGCUUAUCGAGAAAACGAUUUCUCCUGCUUAUGAACUUGUCCGUCAACGACAGCUUCAAAUUCCGGAGGGGGUUACUGAUCUCGUGGAGACAGAAAGCAACUCCAGUAAAAGAUCAUUCAUUGAUAUCCCUAAAGAGCUAUUUGAGAUGCUUACUUGUGUGGGACCUUAUCUUCAUCGUGAUACAUUGCUUCUACAGAAGAUAUGCCGAGUGUUGAGAGGUUAUUAUCUUUGUGCAUUGAAGAGUGUGAAUUCUGGUGAUUUGGAAGGCGGUGUUAGUGGAAAUCGAACUCCCCGCCUCCACCUAAAAGAAGCUAGAUUGAACCUUGAGGAAGCGCUUGGUGCAUGUCUACUUCCUUCACUACAGUUAAUACCAGCAAAUCCUGCUGUUGGACAGGAGAUAUGGGCUGUACUGAGUCUCCUACCAUAUGAGGCAAGGUAUCGUUUAUAUGGUGAAUGGGAAAAGGAUGAUGAGGCCAGCCCCAUGGUUCUCUCUGCUAAACAGACAGCAAAGUUGGACACUAGACGGAUCUUGAAACGGCUUGCAAAGGAAAAUCUAAAACAGCUUGGAAGAAUGGUGGCAAAAUUAGCUCAUGCGAAUCCCAUGACUGUACUUAGAACAAUUGUGCACCAGAUAGAGGCAUACAGGGAUAUGAUUGCUCCAGUUGUAGAUGCAUUCAAAUAUUUGACACAGCUUGAGUAUGAUAUUUUGGAAUAUGUUGUAAUCGAACGGCUUGUACAAGGGGGCCGUGAAAAGCUAAAAGAUGAUGGCCUAAACUUAUCAGACUGGCUUCAGUCUUUGGCAUCAUUUUGGGGUCAUUUGUGUAAGAAGUACCCAUCAAUGGAGCUCAGGGGUCUAUUCCAGUACCUUGUAAAUCAGUUGAAAAAGGGCAGUGGGAUCGAGCUUGUUCUCCUGCAGGAACUUAUCCAGCAAAUGGCUAAUGUCCAGUACACAGAGAACAUGACUGAAGAGCAGUUGGAUGCUAUGGCAGGAAGUGAGACACUUCGUUAUCAGGCUACUUCUUUUGGGGCAACCCGCAACAAUAAGGCUCUAAUCAAAUCCACCAACAGGCUACGUGAUUCAUUGCUUCCAAAGGAUGAGCCGAAGCUGGCAAUUCCACUUUUGCUACUUAUUGCUCAGCAUCGUGCCGUGGUUGUGAUCGAGGCUGACUCUCCUCACAUUAAGAUGGUCUGUGAACAGUUAGACAGGUGUCAUGGGUCCCUUCUGCAAUACGUGGAGUUCUUAUGUGGUGCAAUGACUCCUAUAACCUCGUAUGCUCAGCUGGUUCCAGAUCUUCAUGAUCUAAUACACUCAUACCACCUUGAACCUGAGGUUGCGUUCUUAAUUUAUCGGCCUGUGAUGAGGCUCUUCAGAUGUCAGAGUACAUCUGAUGUUCUUUGGCCUUUAGAUUGUGAUGAAAUGACAAGCAAUCUAGCUGCAGGGAAAGAGAAUGAAGUCACAGAUAUCUCUGGAAAACUUAUACUUGAUCUUGGUCCUCCCCGGAAAACCAUAAUGUGGUCAGAUCUUCUUGAUACCGUUAGAACAGUGUUGCCUUGUAAAGCUUGGAACAGUCUCUCACCUGAUCUAUAUGCUACCUUUUGGGGUCUAACCCUGUACGAUCUUUAUGUUCCUAGAAGUCGUUACGAGUCGGAGAUAGCCAAACAACAUGCUGCUCUCAAAGCUUUGGAAGAGCUUUCCGAUAAUUCGAAUUCAGCAAUCACCAAACGGAAGAAAGACAAAGAAAGAAUACAAGAAUCUUUGGAUAGGCUAACCAGUGAACUCCAGAAACACGAAGAAAACGUUGCCUCUGUUCGUAGACGUUUGGGUCGUGAGAAAGAUAAAUGGUUGAGUUGUUGCCCCGAUACUUUAAAAAUCAACAUGGAGUUCCUUCAACGCUGUAUAUUUCCAAGGUGUACGUUUAGCAUGCCUGAUGCUGUAUAUUGUGCAAUGUUUGUCAACACCCUUCACUCCCUGGGCACACCUUUUUUUAACACGGUCAACCAUAUUGAUGUUCUCAUAUGUAAAACAUUACAACCCAUGAUAUGCUGUUGCACUGAAUAUGAGGUCGGUCGGCUUGGUAGAUUUCUGUUUGAGACUCUCAAGACAGCCUAUUAUUGGAAGAGUGAUGAAUCCAUAUAUGAACGUGAGUGCGGAAACAUGCCUGGAUUCGCUGUCUAUUAUAGAUACCCAAACAGCCAGCGUGUCACGUAUAGCCAAUUCAUUAAGGUACACUGGAAAUGGAGUCAAAGGAUCACAAGAUUACUGAUUCAGUGCUUGGAAUCUGUAGAGUACAUGGAGAUUCGAAAUGCUCUUAUUUUGCUUACAAAAGUCUCAAAUGUUUUCCCCGUUACUAGAAAAAGUGGGAUCAACCUUGAGAAAAGGGUAGCUAAACUUAAAAGUGACGAAAGAGAAGACCUAAAGGUGUUGGCUACUGGUGUUGCUGCAGCCUUGGCUGCUCGAAAGCCUUCAUGGGUUACAGAAGAAGAAUUUGGUAUGGGGUACCUUGAUUUGAAGCCAGUAGCUUCAAAAUCUGUAUAUGCUGCUGCUCCUGUGACAAGUACUACUGGCCUUAACAUGGCUCCAAUUGAAGCAGCAACUGGUAGUAGAAGUCAGCAUCAUGAUUCUUCUAUCAGAGAGACCACAUCAACAUCAAGACCAAAACCUUGGGAAAGUAAACAUGAAAGUGUGACACAUAAUAAUAAGUAUGACAAAGUAAAAGGUGGUUCCCUAAGUAAUGGCUCAGAUGCUUCCAAGACGGAUGAUUCUGGGAAUAAUAGAGUUUUGGAGGAGAACUCUUCAAAAGGUCCUGCCAAGACAGCUGUAGACUCUGAGGGGAGAUCAGCAGCGAAGAGGUCAGUGGGUGGCACAUCUGUAUCAAAGCAACCAAAGCAGGAUGUUGUAAAAAACGAUAGUAAACCCAAAGGUAUUGGUAGAACAUCAGGAGUAUCUGAGCGAGACGAAAAAGGGUGUAACACUGAGCUGCCCGAAUUAAGAAACUCUCUUAUAAAAGAGGAAUCUACGGAAGCCAUCAUGGAUGCCCAAAAACGGUCCUCAUCUCGACCCUCUCAUUCUCCACGGACUGAUACUGUUUUUGCCUCCUCGAAAUCUAACGAUAAACCCACAAAGAGAACCAGCCCAAGCGGAGAACAAGACCGGUCCGCUGCUAUUAAGCGCCGCAAAGAGGUACAUGAUUUGGAGCCGGAUAGAGCACUUGAGAAAGAGAAGCAUCACCCACUUCCUCCUCUUGAUUAUGAUAAAGUUACCGAUAAGCCCUUGGCCAAAGAUGAAAGAUUCGUGGACCGCGAAUACCAUUCCCGAGAAAGAGAAAGAGAAAGAGAGAGAGAAAGAUUCGAUCGCUCAGAGGAUGCGAUUGAAAAGUCAAGAGAUCGGUCAAUGGAAAGAUACAGCAGAGAGCGGUCGGUUGAUAGAAGUAAUAAGGAUGAAAGAAGUAAACUUCGCUAUAACGAUAUUCAGGUGCAUGCUGAUGACCGUGUUCGUGGCACCAGUUUGCCACCGCCGCCACCUUUUCCGCCACAACAUCAUGUGCUGCUCCAGUCCGUAACAACUACAAAUAAAAAAGAUGAAGAUGGUGAUAGAAGGUUUGGGACAACACCCAGACAUUCACAUUCACAUUCACAGAGGUUGUCUCCAAAACAUGAUGACAGGGAACGCAGACGAUCUGAGGAGAAUGUUUUCGUUUCUCAAGACGAUAAACGAAGAAGAGAGGAAGACAUUCGAGAUAAAAAGCGAGAUGAACGUGAAAAGAUUGAGGAUGGAGAUCGGGAAAAGGGUAAUGUGAUGAAAGAGGAGGUGGACCCGAAUGCUUCAAAAAGGCGGAAACUGAAACGAGAUCAUCAGUCAGAGGGCAGUGAGUACUCUCCGGUGUCAGCAGCUCCUCCCCUGAAUAUGAACAUGGCACCAGCUCCAUAUGACAGGGAUAGGGAUAGGGAAAGGGAUGGUAGGGGAGGUGACCGAAAAGCAACAGCUGCUCUUCCACGCCAGGUCUACAUGGAAGAACCAAGCCAAAGCCAAAGCCAAAGCCGUAUUAAUACUAUGCAUGGAAAAGAUGUACCCCCAAAGACGACUUCAUCUCGCCCAAUGUAUGACAGAGAAUGGGAAGAUGAAAAAAGCAAGAGGCUUGAACCGAAGAGAAGGCACCGCAAAUAGUUAAUAACUCCCCUCCUCAUGUCUUUCUGCUGAAUUUUUUUUUGGCACAUUCUGCCACCAUGUAUUAUGUGUUUGGUUUUACUUUUAUCAGAGGCUGAUUGUUUCUUUGUCACUUUCUGUAUGAUAAUAGAUUCUCUAGAGCAGGUUCCAUAUUUCGGCUUCACACUAGAAACUUAAUUAACACUUUUUUCUGUACUUAUGUACAUUUGUAUCCUAAAUUCUAUUUCGUGCUACAAGCUUUUAGUUUUGACUUGA